AGUAGCAGCGGCGGCAGCGCUGGAAACAAUGGCACUGGGCUGCAUCUGAUGUCCAGCGGGAGGGGAGGGGAAGGGAAGGGAAGGGACGGGGCAGACAUCCCUCCCUCCGCAACAGCAGCAGCAGCACAGGGAACAUCUCACCAGCAAACAGACCCUCCCCUUCCACAAACUCCAGCUGGGUUUUUUUCUACCUCUCUCUCCCCUGCAAUGUUCAAUGUAAAAACCAAAAACCGAGGGCAAUGGAUUAAAUAGUACCUUUGCAACAAGAGAUUCACAGAGUGUUAGCCCCCUCUCUCUUCCUCUAUUCCGCGUGCAUUUGGCGCCGUGCAGAGGGAAAGAUGUAAGAAAGGGGGGGGUGUGUGUGUGUGUGGAAGGAAAGGGGGGGGGAGGAGGUUUGGAGAAAAAGCCGUGGCUGCAUCCGAGAGAGAAGGAGGGAGAAGCGCGACACCUGCACUGGGAAAAGCAGGCGAGGAAGCAGACAAUCCUGGAUCCUGGAUCCUGGACAGUGCCAUAGGCCUUGGCCCCCCCUACCCUCCACAAACUCUGCACCCCAACAAUCAGUGGCAAUGCUGCAUUCACAUCUACAGUCUGGCUGGGAACAGUGACUAAUGGAAUAAGGAACAACAGACAAAAUUUAUGGAUGAACAGCAAGAAAAAGACUUGGAUGCGCGGAGCCACAAAACAGCACAACCCUACUGGGUCAAUGAAGAAGGAGGAUCUUUGUGAAAACUGUUGGUGAGGGUGGUUACAACAACAGUGCGCCAUGCGGACUCUCAAUCCAUUGGCUAACUUUACAGGGAGAAUUUAAACCCAGCCAAUAUUUCAUGUUUGUCGAAGCACAGAACAUGGAAACAGCAGAAACAUGUGGAGCAGGGAUAAUCAUGAAGUCUUACAGCGCAGCAGAUGCUGCCGUUACCUUAUCAUCUUUCACUUCACCAAAAGAAAAUGAACUUGGCCACAGGGCGUUAUCGUUACCCACUUCAAAAGAGGGCAUCACGUUGGACCCACCCUCUCCUCUGAGACUCGCUGAUGUACCUGAGCAUAUUUCAAGUGAUUCCUCCACACAUGCCAUUUCCCUUACAUCUUGUGUUACAAAGGGUGUGGGUUAUUUGUCCGUACCAGAGGAUUCUGACAAAGCUCCAUUUAGGUACACGGAGCCUAAAGGCAUUUCGCUGCUGUCGGCCGAUUGCUUGAUGCAACAGAGCAGAACCUGUCUGGGCUGCUUCAUUGAAUCGAAAGAAAGCAUCGAUGCGGAGCCUGGAAUAAGCACGAAGAUAGGUGACAUGAACAGGGACUGUGACACCUGUUCAGUCUCCGAUAUAGGGAUUCAGUGCAUGAGUACAGGAGAAAGUGCCAAAUACGGUGAUCAGCUCCUUUCCGACCAACUGCUAAGCUUCACAGUGCACAAGUCUAGGACUACAGACAAAAGAGAUGUGGAGAAAUCUGACAGUGAGUCAGAAGAUAUUACUCAAAAACAUUACUACGAAGGAUUACUGCUGGACAAAUGCAACGGAGAGGAAGCUUUACUAUCAAAUCCCGGGCAGGAUUGGGCUUAUUUCGAGUCUUUUAUUAGUGAAAGCAAAAUCGAGCUACUUGAUCUGUGCUCCAAAAAUGAGCUCUCAGUCAAUCUCUUUGCAGAGGAAGAAGUGGACAAUUACAUGUUUGAUGAUGAGUCGACUCUUAGCAGUGACGUCUGCUCUCUAAAGAUUCGGUACGAAUCUUUUCAAGACAAUGUCAGAGAAAAGACAAAUGCACUUCAGGAAGAGGCACAGCUAAGCUUUUUCCCUAACGUCGUUUCAAACUGCACAAAAAAGGAAGGCAAAGCCUCGGUUAAAAUGAACCUAGAUGCAUCACAAAUGAAAUCGGAUGAGAUUGCUAUUUGGGAUGACGAGGACCAGGCAGAUGAGAGAGUGGGACUGCAGAAGUACAGCGGCACUGUGGACGUGAAGCUCUAUGCAACUUCGAAGAGAAAUCACUUCUUUGAAACAAACAAUUCAGUGGAAGACUCGGGAGAGUACAGCGAUGACAGCUUUGGGACAGAUUCCUCCUAUGACACCCUUAAGGGCAGCAUGGACAGCACUGGGUAUCUGUCGAGGCAAAACGGCAACUGCUCUGGCCAACUAAACUAUGCAUUGCGUGCCAAAAGGAAAGUGCGAUACAGCGACGACUACCUGUACGAUGUGGAUUCCAUAGAAAACGAAAAGGUUUCGGGGAAGAAGGAACGGGUGGCGGAUGGUCCUAAGAAAGAAGACGAUGAUGAAUGGUGUCCGCGGAAGCGUCGGAAAUCGGCUCGGAGAGGUCCGCCAGUUAUUAUCAAAUAUAUUAUCAUUAAUAGGUUCAAAGGGCAAAAGAAUAUGCGGGUGAAAGUAAGUAAAAUUGAUGCCACCGAGACGAGUGUUUGUCUAACAGAAGAAGCAUUGGGUAAAUACCAGAAGCUUGCCCCCUUAAAGGAAUUUUGGCUCCAAAGACAACCAAAGCGAGUGUUGGCAGUGCGUACUGAAAGGAGGAAGAGGCUCCAUUUGAACAGCUCAGUCUCUGAUGUGUUUCUCGCUCACCCUGCCAAGAGGAAAGGCAAACCAUUUGCAAACAGACACAGGGCUCGUAGGGUUCGGCUCGAGCUGGGCCCCAACAAGCAGAUUGCAUGCUCUUUUGACCCAGUUGAAACUCAGCUGUUGACUCACACUGAAAGGGAAGAGAUGGCAUUUGUCGACUCUCAGACGUUUGCGAUUGAAAUCCCGAGCUGCGCAAAUGGACUGUGUUCCACCAACGUUACAUCAGGGACCGCUUCGGUGCGAGGCAAACCACAAGGAAAGUUUGAAAAUAGAGUGAAGGAGAAGGGACGGCUAAAGAGACUAAAGUUAAAGGCAGAAGCCAAACUGAGAAGCUCCAGCAAAAAGCACAGGGUGGCAGUGAGUGAUGACAUUGAGGCAGUGACAAACGCCAGCGAGUUGGUUUCGGCUGUAAGGAGGCAGAAUGGUUCAAGUAGUCUUCUGACUGAUGCUAUUCAUUGUGCUCCUGACAACACCCAUUCCUCGAAGUUGUGCCAUGCAAAGGCCGCUGCUAAGAAUUCUUCUUUCUCAUCGGCCACUUGCUCGGCUGACAAGUCUGUGCCGUCUGCCAAUGCUCCAGCCACGAUGCAAGUGAUUCCAGGGGGGUAUUUGCAGACGCUGCUGGAGGCAUCUGACUCCAUCGGCCACAAUGGCCUCUCGUACUUCCCCAAUCAUUCCGUGGUUGCUUCCAAGCCACAGGACCGUUUUAACCCCUCAAACAUGACGCAAAGCUGCGUGAUGUCCCCUCCCUCUGAAUCUGAGCAGCAGCAGUCCCCACUUUACCAGGAGGGGACGCCAUGCUUUGAGAAGAUGUGGCAUGCAAAGCAAGAGUAUUCAGCUCUCAGACCGCCUGCCAUUCUGCCGAUGAGUCUGGAUGGUGCAGUGUCACUGCCAGCAGACGCUGCUAGCCUGUCAGGAACCAUUACCGAUACUUAUCAGCAAAUAGAUAUGCACAGUGAUGGGCUUGUGCUUAGCAAACAUUAUUCCCACACCCAGCCACUGCCGUCAAAUACCAGCUAUCAAUCAUGCAUAAUAGAAGACGGUGAUGGCAAUUUUCAGCUCCAUCAAGAUUCAGUAGCUCCAGACGACUCUCGGCUCAUCAGUUUUGAUUCAGUGGGUUCUUUGUCAGCAAGCUCUAAUAAUUUUGGCUCUUUAAGUUUGAAGUCAUGCGAAAAUGAUGGCGAGGAUGACAUGAGUGAAGACUUUCUGGCCCAUUGCAGCCCCAAGCUAGUAAUUCAGCAAAGCAUUGAUGAAGUUGCACCUCUGAAAGAAUCUGCUGACCUCCUUGACAUCUCCAACUUCACUCCAGAUCGAUUCAGGCAGGGGACACUGUCUGACAUUUCUCCCCCAAUUACACCUGAUCUUUCACCUGGAAUAGUGGGGCCAGAGGUCAAGCUCUUAGGCAAAGCCAAAGACUUUCAGGAGCAAGCUCAAGCUAUGCUUGGAGAGCCAACUGAAAUGGAAUGGGGUGCAGUUCCCCAACCACAUGAUCAGGCUACUGAGACAUUUAUUUUGAAUAAUCAUCAAUUUCAGUUUCAUUCCUUUAACAAUGAAGAUACCAGCGAGUUGACGCAAAAGGAUCCAUUUGAAAAGCAAGCAGGAACAGUGAAAUUAAAUAAUAACAGAGGACAAAAAGCUAAAAGGAAAAGUGUCUCCAAUAGACAUGCGAGUCCAAACCAAAGCUCAGCUCCAAAAGGUACAAAGAAACCAAGGAAGGCAAAAUCUACGAAGGCUACAGAAAAAACUCAAAACAGAAAUAAUUCCCGUCAGAAUCCCGGGACUUGCAAAGCCCCCAAAAAAUCAGCCGGUACUGCAAACUCUAAAAGGAGCGAUGAAGUGCAGCUGCCUACUGCCAACCACAAGUUAUUGGAUGGUCUUGUUGGUAAAAACAACAUAUCACCUUGUGUUCAGUUACUCAAUGAGUCCUUUCCACAUCGUGGCCCUGGUGCUGUACGGGGUAAAAGACAAGCAGGGGGUAACUCCACCUGGCCUCUGAGUAAAAAGACAAGUGCAGGUUGGACUGGACACAAUGCCAGCAACAGCAAUAACCUGCUGGUUGAUGAUCAGAGGGAAUUUGAAGAACCAAGUAACAUACUUUCCAAUAUUGCUUCUGGAAUGGCUGAAGUCCAGCGUUUUAUGAUGGCUUCCAUUGAGCCAAUAUGGAGCCCUGGAAGCCAUAACAUUGUCUCAGCUACCUGCCAGUCAGUUGAGGCAAAUAGCCUGAAGUGGAAAACAUUGAAUAUUUUGGGUGGGACCACAUCGGAAACAAAAAAGAAGUCAAGUAAUUCUUCGCCAGCUAAAAACCGGAGAGCAACAGCCAAGGCCUUAAGUAAUAAAAACCCUGCAAAGAGCACAGUUCCCCAUACUACUGCCACAACUGGUCCUAACAAUGAAUUGAAUUUCAGCUCUGGCGUGAGAAGUAGCAGUUUUGAACGAAGCUCUGACACCUCAAGUGUUCCUGCCAGCAAUGGCCCCAUACACAAAAAAAUGUACCGUCACAAAGCAACGUUAAAGUUGUCAGCAGACGAAAAGAUUAAGGUAAAGAGAGCAGAGCGAGAACAGCAGCACAAGGACCCAUUUGUGGCAGCCUCUCUUGAAAAACUGAGGUAAUACCCAGUACAGUGGCUGUGUUGCACCCUUUACUACCCCAGCACCUUCUAAGCCCAGGCACUGUCUCUUAUUUUAUCCCAUUUUAAGCACGAAUUGCAUGCAAGAGGCAGUUUUCCCCCACCCCCUGCCCCCUUUCUCAAAAGGAAUGAUUUGCAUGAGAACUCCUAGAAUGGCAAACUUAAUUAUGAAAUGACUUUUGUUCUGACUUGGCUGUGGUACAAUUAACACAGUUGCUACUAACACUGUUAUUUCACUUCAAGUUUUUUUUUCAUAAUCCUUAGCAACAUUUUAGUAGAGUACAUUUUCUACAGCUGCUGCAAAAAAAAAAAACAAGAAACCCUUUGAACCAUGGAAUAAAUUAUUUGGUUUUCCUGCAGCAAAAAUGGCUGCUGUUUGCUCUCAGUGAAAAGGGGGCCUUUUGAGUUUACCAAUGUUUGAAGAAGAUUUUUGUUUCCGGCAAAAAAAACAGUUUAGUGUUCUUCAGGAUAAUGUUUCACACGAGAAGAAUUGCUCAGAGGCCUUGUCAGUGAUCAAACAAAAAUGGAAGUGCUGGAAUUACAAGAGAUGUAAUCAUUGGGCAUCUUGCAGAAUUCAGUAUCUUUAGUAAGCUUCAAGGUUCUGCGCUCUAAAGAGUGGUAGAACUAUGCUUCACCAGUGACGUACCAUAACACAUGCACUACUUGCAAAAAUCUGUGCCAAACCAUGAACAAGUGUAAAGAUAAUUUUAUGACAGUAGGAACAUGACAACUUAGAUCUUAGUUUUUUUUCUUUAUAUAUGUUUUUAAAAAAGAGAGGGAAAUAAAAGAUGAAUUGAACUUAUUAUUCCAGUAAUAUUAUGGCAAGCCCCUUGAAGCACCUGCAGCUCCCUGUGGAUUAUGGCACCUCAAUGGUUACCAAAACACUGACGGCUAACAAGUUCAGCAGUGGUUCCACUUUGCCAAAUAUGCUUACCUCAUCUGCUUGGCAACGCGCUGACUCACUCUGGGGAGUCUAGAUGGAAUUAACUGGUUUGUGUUCAAUCUGAGCUUUAUCGAAAGUUCGACCAAGGGGUAUUUCCGAUGUUUGGACCAAGUCUGGGAGAAGCGGCAAGUGCCGUCUAUGUACUGAAAGGACACAUUCCUACCGUAUGAUGAUGUCACGAUGGACAAUUGCAGUUCACUGAGUCAAAUGCCGGGACCCAGGGUGAAACUCAUUGGGUUGCUACAGUGAACACAUCUACCUACAGAUCUGGCCAUUAACUGCUUGUUGCCUUUCAAACUUCUACCUUCUGAGAUUUGAAUAUACAAUAUACACACAGAACUUAUGAGAGAAGCGGAGGUACCACUGAGCUGCUCGUGUUUCACGGCCCUAAUAUAAAUGCAUUUCCUAAAUGAAAGGGAGAAGUGAAAACUCACAGAAUGUAAAAAUAAAAUGUUUUGAGAUGUAUCACAGUACAAUGCUAAAACAUUUUAGUAUUGUUUGCCUUUCUUUAGAAUGAGCUUUAUAAAUAUUGAUCUGUAGAGUUAAAAGAGAAUUCUAAAUGAACUUUGACGUCUAUAAAUUCUUGUAUAUUUUUCAGUGUGCCAAUUUGUAAUAUAUUUUGUAAGUGUAUAUUUUUCUUAGAAGUGCUGUGAUGUGUUUGGAUGUGUGCGUAACCCUCUUAUUCCUCAGGGUGUUAAUAAAAGGACAUAGAGUUACAUUAACUGCUCUGGAAAACCAAAAUACCGAAGAGAGAGAGAGAGAGAGAGAGCGAGAGAGAGAGAAAAGGCAAGCAUUUUGUGGAGGUUUUGUAAUAAGCUGAAUACUGUUGUGAAAGAGUGUAGUGAAACAGUGAAAAAAAAACACAAAAAAUGUUUGCAAAAAAAAAAAAAUUGUGGGCUCUUUGCUAUUUUAUAGACCCUUUCUCUUGUAAAUUAUUCUGACCAGUUUUUGUUGUAUUGUUGCAGAGGUUUUAAAUAUUUGUGCUUUCAAAUGCUGUACGGUACCUGUAAAUGUCAUUCUUGUUAACUUGAUGAGUUUUUGUAAUACUGUCAUUUAUCGAAUAAAUGUAAAACAGAAAUUAACAUUUUGAAAGAAUGACUCUAUGAAGACUGCAUAAGCUAUAGUUCAGAACCAGAUCUGCAUCGAAAAAUUUAGCUAAUUGACAUUUUUGGUGUAAAUUACUUUUUUAAAUAAAAGUUGUUCGAAGUCAAACACACUACAUUUUUACGGUACUUGGAAAAUAUGUUUUGUUGUUUUUAUGGUGUUGAUGCGGAUAGAAUUCUAAUUUUUAAAUCCUGUUUUUGCUACUGAAUGCCAUUCCCAAAAAGGCAGCUUUAAUCUUAUUAUUAUUCAAAGCUGCAGUAUGUUAUAUAAAAUAUAAAAUACAUAGAAAUAUAUUUUGCAAGUGGCCUGUGUUGCAAAUUUGUCACUCACCCAGUACAGGUUGGUCUGCUUCUAUAAUAUAUGGUAUUGGAGAAUUCUACAAUAGUAAACAUGUUCCUAUUUUUCUGAUUCAUUUGGCUCUUUCUCUCGCAUUUUACCCCCCAGACAUUUAUCAUAUUUGUUGCUUUGUGCCAAAUUACUUCUUCCUCCACACUCCCCCCUCCCCACACACACAAAAAAAAAAUCCUGUUGUGGAGAGGCCAGUAGAUUAAGUGCCAUGUUUUAUUGCAUGCUGCUAUCCCUAAGCACCUGAUUUUAAAGAAACGCUGUAUAUUAUGUAAGCCAACAAUUGUGCUGGAUUGAGUUGCAGAUUGAAGCAGCCAGAAGAUUCACACAGCACUGGGAGAGAACUGUACUUGACACUUGCUUUUGUGGGACUUGAUGCAAAUUCAGUUAUAUGUAGUACAACCUUUGUAAUAUGUUCCAAAUCUGUAUAUUUGACCAUAUUUUACAUUGAGUAUAUAUAGUAAAAUAUGAAUAUAUCUGUUGUAAAACUGCUGUAAGAAAAUGUGAUUAUAUACUUCAGGUGACACGCGGAAUAUGUAAAACUGAACGAAACGUUUGAUAUUUGUUUUCUGCUGCCUUUUUUUAAAAAUCAAUGCAUUCAUAUCAAGUAAUUAUAAUUUUUAAUUAUAUAAUGUAUUGCAGUUUUAAAUCUAAUUUGAAGGGAAAUUCAGAAGAAUACAGGAAAUGCUCUAAAUAGCACUGUCUCUGUAAGCUUAUAAUGAACCCAUUGGGGCUCAAUUUUCAGUAGUUGUUUGAGUGUGUGUUUGAAGGAACAGUUUUCUGCAAGUAUUGUUAAAUAUUUAUUUUGUAUAAAGUUUGUGAAAUGGU